CGAGAUCAAAGAGAUAAAUGUUAGAAAAACGAGACAAGGCAUCGGAAAUGAAAAAGAGACGUGAGACGAGAAUGAGACAAAAAGAUGAGCGUAGAGAUAGAGGCAAGAGUGAGAUCGAAAGGAGACCAGAGAUGAGACAAAAGAGAGAUGAGAGCAUAAGAGAGAGAAAUGAGAUGGAAGUCGAGAAUGCUACCAAAAGGAGACAAUUAAUGAGACGAAAGACGAGAUGAGAUGAAGAAUAAACGUGAGAUGAAAG